AUGUUUCAAAUCAGGCCAGCUCCUACAAGAUUCCAAGUCCCCAAGAAUAAAACUAGUAAGCACAAGGCUACCUCCAUUUCGAAUCCUAGUAAAAAACCUUCUGAAGUAAUCACUAGAAGAUCUAUCUCUCAUGUUGUGGCUAGUAGAAAGGAAACAUCUCAAUCAAAUGAUGACUCCGAAGAUGACUGUAUUCUGAUUGAGGAAAUACCAGCCAAGACACCAGAUGCUCACAGUGAUAUGAAUAAUGAUUCACCUUCAUCAGAAGUUACAGAUGAUUGUGAAGUGAUUGUUGAAAGGUCCAACAAGAAAGUAUUCAAUCACAAAAGGCAGAAAGCUCAGAAUGAUACAGAUGGUGAUGCAACUUUAUCAAAAGAUGAUACAGAUUGUGUGAUGAUUGAAGAGUCUCCCAAGAAAGUAUUCAAUCCCAAGAGGCAGAAAGUGCACAAUGAUACAGAUGGUGAUAUACCUUCAUCAAAAGAUGAUACUGAUGACUGUGUGAUAAUUGAGGAAAGGUCUCCUAAGAAAGGGCUCAAUCCCAACAGGCAGAAAGCUCAGAAAGAUACAGGUGGUAAUGCACCCAUAUCAAAAGAUGAUAUGGAUGAUUGUGUAAUGAUUGAAGAUACAUCCCCUAAGAAAGUGUACAAUCCCAAGAGGCAGAAAACUCAUAAUGAUACAACAAAUUUUCCUGCCAAAGACUCAUCUGCUAAUCCUAUAAGUGAUCCAUCUGUAGAACCUGCAGACGAUUCACCUUCAAAUCCUGCAAAAGAUACAUCUGUAGAUCCUGCAAAAGAUACAUCUGCUAAUCCUGCAAGUGAUCCAUCUGUAGAACCUUUGGAAGCAUCAUCCAAAAAUCCUGCAGAAGAACCAUCUUCAAAUUCUGCAAAAGAUUCAUCUGCUAGUCCUGCAGAAGAUUCAUCUGCCAAUCCUGCCAAAGACUCAUCUGCUAAUCCUACAAGUGAUCUAUCUGUAGAACCUGCAGACGAUUUACCUUCAAAUCCUGCAGAAGGAUCAUCUGUAGAUCCUGCAAAAGAUACAUCUGCUAAUCCUGCAAGUGAUCCAUCUGUAGAACCUUUGGAAGCAUCAUCCAAAAAUCCUGCAGAAGAACCAUCUUCAAAUUCUGCAAAAGAUUCAUCUGCUAGUCCUGCAGAAGAUUCAUCUGCCAAUCCUGCCAAAGACUCAUCUGAUAAUCCUACAAGCGAUUUACCUUCAAAUCCUGCAAAAGAUUCAUCUGCUUAUCCUGCCAAAGACUCAUCUGCUAAUCCUACAAGUGAUCCAUCUGUAGAACCUGCAGAAGAUUCACCUUCAAAUUCUGCAAAAGAUUCACCUGCUAAUCCUGCCAGAGAUCCAUCUGUAGAACCUGUGGAAUCGUCAUCUGGAAAUCCUGCAGAAGAACCAUCUUCAAUUCCCGCCAAGGAUUCUCGUUAAGAUGCCACAAACUAUUCAACUCUGAAAUCUAGGUGGGAGAAAGAAAAAAUACUGGAUCUAUCAAGUGUGUUGAACUUAUAGAGUCUUUCUGCAGCACCUCACAAUAUUUUGACUAGCAUUGACAAGUUCCUUGAGAAUUUGUGUGAGAAAAAUGGUGAAAGCGAUGAUGAUAAAGAUAAUGAUGCAGUUGUAGAACAUAGUGUAGCCAUCAACAGCAGCAAUGAUAUGCUUGAUGGAAAUUAUGGUAAUCUAGAUUUAACUGGUGCUAAGGGUGGGAUCAAUGAUGAAAGUAAUGCUGGUAAUGCUGAAUUCCACAAACAUUGUGAUAGGGUUGUUGGAAAUGAAGCUAAAACUAGUGAUGUUUCCAAGGAUUUCUCCGAAACUGUUUCAAACUAUGUAAAUAUUGAUAGACAAGGAUGAUAGUGAUGUAGUUUUAAGUGAAGUUACUGAUAAUAGUUCAAAAAGUGUUGGAGGGGAAGUUAAGGCUAGCAAUUGUUCUAUGCUGGGGGAAGCCUGUUCAAACUUGAGUAGUUCUUUCAAAAUUGUAGAAAAUAGUUGUGAUUUGAACAAAUUUGUUGACAAACCUGAAGAACUGGUUUGAAAAAUUGUUGAGUGAAUGGACACUUCUGUUGAGAAAUUACUUGAUAAAAUAUAGCAGUUCUAUUAUAUUCGCUAUUUCUUGACGUUUGGUUAGACUGGUUCAUCGAUAGGUUAAUUUUCGAAAAAUGGUUGACUAGUGGAUAAGGAAAUAAGGUGGCUGCCCUGGUGAAAUGUAAAGCUUUUUCUUGAGACUUUACCUAACCUAAGCUGCUCAUCUGUAUUGUGCCUUGGGUUUCAACAAACACCAUUUUCCCCAUAAAGUACAAAAUUGUGCAAUGUAGUGAAAAUCUCCUCUACAAAUUCAACAAAAUAUGAAAUAAUAAUAUUAUUGUUUAGUGCCAGAUCUCUUAUUUGUUAGUUUAGUUGUAUUGAUAGCUCUUGUAAAUUGUAUCAGAACAUUUAUACUAAUAUUUAAAAACGUGUUUGAAGUACAAUGUUUUUCACUCUGUUAUUGUAAGCUACAUAAAUACAGUAUUUAUUUACUAUUAAUUUAAUAAAAUAAAUUUUAUUUGAUACAGA